UCACCGAUAGUCCGACGAACGGUGUGAUAGAAAGACAGAAUAACUGUAACAAGGGCUCUCUUAGAAGGAAGACGAAAUCGGCGGGGCCGACGCUUCGCUCAAGCUACGAGGCUUACGAAGAGAGAACGAUUCCUGCUUUAAGACAUUCCCAUACGAACGAAUUCACGAGGGAAUGCCACAUGGACAAUUCGGAAACAAAGGUGAUAUCGAAGUUAAACGACAGAGAGAAAAAGCAAGCUGCCUUACCUAUCGCCGUUUUUGGAAUGGAAAUGGUAGAGAAAUUCUAUUCGAAACAAUUCACGGACAAGGAAGAGGGGCUGAUGCAAUUGAAAGAAGAAUUAAAGACCUUUGAUCCAGAAGUUUCCAAGCACUCGGCGAAUAAAACGGCCAGAGCUGCGAUUUUGUUGUUACACAGAGCCCUUAGGGACAAAGUUUUCAGCGUAUACAGUCUAGCUGCACAAUUGAUUAGAAUUUUUUUUUCAGAAUUUGCAACUAGGGUAUCUUCUACGGAGAUUGCGAGAAGUGUGGAGAGAUUACUCCCAGAAUUGUUGACUAAAUCAGGGGACACCACUCCAAGGAUUCAUAACAUGGCAGUCCACACGAUACUCAGUAUGGCAGAUUGUAAAUGUGUCCGAGAAUUGCACAUUAUACCGGUGCACUUAACAAGACCUGUUAGCAGUAGCACUCAUCAAAGAUUGGCACUGAGUAGGUUAGAAAUGGUGGAACAGUUAAUUCUGAGCCAUGGAAUAUCUACUGAUAAACAAAGGCAUUGUAAUUGUUGCAGCGGGCUCACUUGUCGGACAUUGUCAGAAUUGGGUUCUACGGGAUUGCAUCAUCCGGCGGAAGCAGUGAGAAAAGUUUCGGAAAGGAUUUUAGUGUUGGUGUAUAAAGUGAAUCCUAGAUUGGUUCGCAAACAAUUGCCUCCUGACGAUGAUAUUACCAGGAGGAAUUUAUUGUAUCGUCAACUUUUUCAUGAAUUUGAUUUGAUCGAUCUUGAGAGAAAAAAAGAAACAGAAGCCAGUCACAAAACGACGACACCCACGCGGACAAAAUCAACGGAGAAUAACGUGGCAAAUUUAACGAAAUCUCCUUCGAGGACAAGUCCUGUUGUUAGUACUGGAAGCUCAACAAGUAUAACAUCUCCGUCCGAGAAUAGUACAGAACAUAAAGGUGACAAAAUGUGCAUAUUUUGUCUUUCGAAAGGACAAGGAUAUUCCGAAGAAGGAUUAAACAUUCAUUAUUGGAGAAGUUGUCCUAUGUUAACGAAAUGUGAAGCAUGUAAGCAAGUGGUGGAAAUUUCGUAUUUGAACUUACAUUUGUUAAAUGAAUGUGAUAUGAGAAGCAAUUACGUAAAAUGCGACACAUGUAAGCAAGCAAUCCAUGAAAAUUCCUUCGAGGAGCAUAGAAAAGAUAACAAGUGUACAAAACCUAUCGAAGGCUACGAUCGUUGUCCAUUGUGCUCUACUCUUGUCAAUCAAAAUAAAUGGAGGGAGCAUUUGAUGGGUGAUCAUCCCUGUGUGAACAAUCCUCGAAAUAAAUUAGGAAAAAGCUGUUCAAAAUCUCCAUCAAAUUCUCAGAACCUCAGUGGGAAAAUAACCACACCACCUAAUAGAGAUUACUAGCGUCAAUCAUCAACUUCGAGUCUUUCGGAGUUUAAAAAAUUUUAGAGAAGAUUUUUCUUUUGUUUUUUUUUUUAUAGUUUAUCUGUAUGUUAUGGGCUACCCAACAUUUUUCAUAUUUAUACUUAUAUUUAAAUGUUUUUUAUAGAAAAACCCGUCCUUUAUUAGUGGAAAUCUCUAUGUUAAACAAAUUUUGAAUCCUCUUAAUCUAGAAUCUAAUUAAUCUUGUUAUCAACCAAAUUUGAGAAUGAAAAUCUAACGCAUAAUGUAAUUUAAAGCGAAUAUCAACAAGACGUACAAUAGAUAUUCAUCUUUUCCAACUUUAACAUACAGUAGACGCAAAACGUUCAAUACGAUUUAAUAACGAUUAUUGUUGAAUACUAUGGCAAUAGCCAUUUCAGAAUUAAUGAUUCCUCUAUAUCCGGCCAUAUUUAUAACAAUAUUUGUACUAUAAUCAGUAAAAUAUUUUGAGUGGCCGAAAAUAACAA